ACCACCGACCCGAACCAACACCACCGACCCGAACCAACACCACCACCUGCUAGCAACAGCGCAGAGACACAGAUCAAUCGCAACGUUCCAUAAAUCAAACAAUCCACAACAGUCAGACACAAUGGGUGGAAAGCGCAAGAACGCCUCCUCCGCCGCCGCCCGCGGCGUCUCCCCCUCCCCCUCAGCGACAUCGACAACAACAUCAGCAACAGUCACAACCAAAGUCCAACCCAAAGAAUCCGCUCCUCCCAUUGCCACGACAACCAAUGCCUUUGCUACCAGCACUCAGAUUGAGCCUACUACCACUACCACUACCACCUCUACCACAAAAACCACUACCGGCAAGAGCUCGGGCAGCAGCAGCAGCGGCGCACAAGGGCAAGCAUGGAACAAAGUCUUCAGCAACCUCUUGACACACUACCAGGACACGACGCCGCAGCGGACCAAGCUGAUUGAUGCGUUCAUGGCUUUCCUUGUGGUGGUGGGCGGGUUGCAGUUUUUGUAUUGUGUUUUGGCUGGGAAUUAUCCCUUCAACGCCUUCCUCUCCGGCUUCUCAGCAACAGUCGGCCAAUUCGUCCUGACGGCCUCGCUACGGAUCCAGACAACCGAGGCGAACAAGAGUGAUUUCCCUUCGGUGUCGCCUGAACGAGCCUUUGCCGAUUACUUGGUCUGCAGUUUGAUUCUGCAUUUCUUCUGCGUCAACUUUAUCAACUAAGAAAGAGAGCAACCAAGGACGAGCGAUUGAGCGAGGAGUUAAAAGUACACGAGUGUGGGAUAUAGAGGAUCGUUGUGUUGUUGAGGGGUAUCAGGUGAAUGGAAGAUAAUUGCGAGAACAUGGCGGGAACGAGCAAGUCAUCAAGCAAGCAAUAACAGAACCGUCCGUAUUUUCAAGCGAGCUAGAAGAAGACAAGACAGGCGGGAGGAUAUGUCGAUAAAAUUGUCUGGCAUUUAUUAUACCUUUCUUCUUUUUCGAUUUACAGUAUCUACAAUAGAUGCUUCAAAUUUCACGCUGGAUUAUUUCUACU